AUGGAGGGCGAUGAUAGCGGGCUCUUCAAUAUUGAGGUCAGCUCCGGGGACGAAGCCGGAAAUGAGUCUGAGAAGGUACCGAGGGAUUUUCAGUCUGAGGAGGACUUCCAGAGACAGAGGGCGGAGUGGAAGCCGAAAGUUGAAGUUGGAGAGCUGUGGAAGACCUUGAAGCUGCCAAUGGACAACCCCUCAAAAGCUGAAUCUCAGACUAUUUUACAUGCAAUUGAAGAACUAUACUUCUUCAAGAGAUACGAAGAAGCCCUCGAGGUUGUGGGUGAGGCGCUGCAGGGGAAGCUUAACGAGGACUUCAGGAAGACAUUGGUGGAUUACAAGACGAGAUGUCAGAAAAAGAUCCAUAACACCACAGCAUCCUGA